CUAACCCGGCCAAGUCCAGGCACAACAGCUUGGGGAAAGCGGUUGGUGCUCGUCCCAAAAGUAAUGUUCCCACUGAGACCAACAUCUCCUCUUUCGCACCCCACGGUCUUAUCAUGGAUCACCAAAUAGCCAUCUCCCACGUUAAUAUACAUCCUCACCCUGGAACACGUGGCGGUCAUGCACGUCCCCAAUCGUUAUACCCGGCCACACCCGAUCACAAUCUCGAACACGGCUAAACGUCCCCGCCCCUGUUCUAUCCUCCCUGCGACGAGAACCUCAACGCACGUCCUUACCCCAUUAACAACCCCACUCCACACGAUCCCCUGUUAAUGAAUUUCCUUUCGCCAUCAAUAAAUUCGAGAAAAUUCAGGAGCGAAUCGCAUUCAUAGAGCAAAAUUACGGAAGAAAUCGGUUAGCGGAAAAGGGUUUCUUUUUCAGGCAUGCCGGGGCAAGAUAUUGAGAGCAGGGCACAUAAGGGUGGAAAUAGGUCGUACGCGUCCGAGAAUGGGGAGAGAAAUUGGGUGUCGUGGCUGAUCCCGCUGUUCGUGGUGGCUAAUAUUGUGGUGUUUGUGAUCGAGAUGUAUCUCAACAACUGCCCGAAGCAUGUCAGUAGAAGGAGCGGUUCGAGGUUCGGGGAUUACGGCGAUAGGUGUGUGGCGAGGUUUCUCGGGAGGUUUUCUUUCCAACCCUUGAGGGAAAAUCCUCUGUUCGGGCCUUCGUCUUCAACAUUAGAGAGAUUAGGUGGCCUUAAUUGGAAUAAAGUAGUCCAUCAUCAUCAAGGAUGGAGGCUCAUUUCGUGUAUUUGGUUGCAUGCUGGCAUCAUUCACUUGCUUGCAAAUAUGCUGAGCCUUGUCUUCAUAGGCAUUCGCCUCGAGCAGCAUUUUGGAUUUGUGCGUAUCGGCAUAAUCUACCUGUUAUCCGGAUUUGGUGGGAGUGUAUUAUCCUCCUUAUUCAUACGAAACAGGAUAUCUGUCGGUGCUUCGGGUGCACUAUUCGGGCUUCUCGGUGCCAUGCUGUCCGAGUUAAUUACGAACUGGUCCAUAUAUACAAACAAGGUUGCUGCACUAUUGACACUAUUGGUGAUAGUCGCGAUUAACUUGGUCGUUGGUAUUUUGCCCCAUGUGGACAAUUUUGCCCAUAUUGGAGGAUUUCUGACCGGAUUUCUUCUCGGGUUUAUUUUACUGCCUCGUCCCCAGUUUGGGUGGGUAGAAAGACACAAUCUUCCGGCUGGUAAUCGUGCGAGGUCCAAAUACAAGGCUUACCAGUAUGUGCUGUGGCUGGUUUCUCUUGUACUACUUUUUGUUGGGUUUGUUGUGGGGCUAGUGUUGCUGUUUAGGGGAGUAAAUGGAUAUGAGCGUUGCCAUUGGUGCCGGUAUGCGAGCUGUGUUCCCACCUCGAAAUGGAAGUGUGAUGAAGUUUAGUAUGGCUUAUGGUUCCAUUUUCUUCUUUAGGCUGUAAAUGCAAGUUGGGUGUGAGUUUAUUUGGAUUGUUGGUUUGGUUUGGGGAUUUGUUUGUCUGUUGAUAUCUUCUGUUUAUUUCCAGAGUUAUGAGAAAAGCAAUGCAUUUGAGUUCGGCUCUCAUUAGUAAUAGCUGUUAGUUGUUAUUUAGAGCAUGAUU